GGGAGGGGAGUCCUGAUGUUCAAAUGGCACAAAGAAAGAGACCUUGAAGUCUGCACAGCCAUGCUUUACCAGACAUGUCACUGGCACAGUCAUAUCAAUCUUCAUCUCUAAAGGAGGAUAGAAAGUGUAAUAAGCCGAAAGCAAAGACGGUGUCUGAAUGCAACUCUAAGGAGCGAUGCAUGCUGCCUAAAAGCACAUGCUAAAGCAGCUUCCCAGCAUUACUGCUCUUUUGUACAUUGACACAAAGGAAUGUACUGCUGCAUUCUGCUUUCCUUUCUAGCUGUAGAGCAACUCCUCACUGACUUUUCUAACUGUUCAGGCUGCAGCUCCUUCAAUCCUAUGUGGUCCUUGGAACAGAGGCUUCAGCUUCCCUCUUGCUCUUCCUGUUGCACCUAGCCCUGAGGGACGGUUAUCUACUGCCUUAAGCUACUUGGCAUCGUCUCGUUUGUGCUUCUAGCAGUUCAAAACCAGCAUGUUCUACCUUUCUCAUUCUUCCCUUGGAUGUAGUGGAAGAGUUUCCAGAAGCCCUGGCGCAAUGCUUCUUUCUGGGUCUCUCCUCUGAUGACUGUGCUGACCCAUUUAGCUGUUUCAUACUGGCGCAGUUCAUAAUCGUUUGCCUGGAAGGUAGCAAAAGUCACAGUAACCACAAGGUGAAUACUAACGAUGACACAAAUGGCUACUCUUGCCAAAUCAGCCUGGAAGGAUUGUGAUUAAAUAACCCCAGGCAGCCUGGUAGCUGCAGUUACAGGUGUACCCCCAGGGUCAAACUCUGACACUUCCAUUGCAAAGCCGUGCUGUUCUGCCUUAGAUGGAGCUCGUCAGAGCUUAGGAGUAGGUGUGCUUGUUGCCCCAUUUGCAGUUAGGCAUGAACAGUGUAGGAACACUUCCUUCGUGCUCGUUCUCAGACUGAGAAUCCUAAAUCCACCCCAACAAUGGAGAACUCUGUUCUCCUGGCCUUUAGGAGUUACCGUUGUCUCUGCUGGGUUCCACCGAGGGGACUGCAGAUCCAGGGACAGAAAUGUUUGCUUGAAGGAUUUGAUCAUCUUGGUGGAGCUGAAAGGCAGACACAGUUCAUUGGCCUCUCCAGUCAAUGCAGUAUAAAUGGGGUAUGAGAAAACACGAGGACUUUUCUGCUAAAUUUAAGGUUUUCCUCAGCCUCUGGUCUCCAACCUAUCAGUAACACAUGCACCGAAGUGACUGAUUAAGUUCAGGCAAAGACCAGACAGCUUCUGAAAGGUAAUUGUCCCUGAAAUUGUGAUGGGCUUGGCUUCCACCCCUUAUCCUUAGGGUUUCAACAAAAAGACAUGAUAUCUUUUUAGCCGUGAGGGAACAGAGAAAUAAGACCAUGAAACCAUGGCUAGGCUGCUGUUGGAGUGUUCAUCAUUCACUGUAAGCUGCCUUGCUUCCCUGUGAAGUGAGGGCAUUUCCUGGCUGCAAAACAGAAGGUGGAAAUCAUCCUGCAAGUGAAAUGGACCUGAGCAGUUAAACCACUUUGCACCUGGAUGAAAAGGUACCAGUGUUGGUGGCUGCUGUAGUAGUGAUGGUGUACAUAACAUUAUUGGAAAUCUCACAGGUGUUGAUGCUUUUCUUAAAGACCAUCCAGAGUCUGGUGACUGGGCGAGAUUUUUAUUUAUGACUAUGUAGCUGCUUUCUUAGCUAGCCUUCAUGUGGAAGGAAAAUGCUGAAAACAUGAAAACUCAACUUCCCCUCACUGUCCCAAAAUAAUCAAAACCACUACUGAAAUAGUGAUAGCUCAUUAAGUCUUACCUUGAAAUAUUUGGAGCCUUGGUUUAUCAUUUUUGUCAACACCGGGCAGAUAGCACUACACAACUACAUCCAGAGAAAGUCUCUGCUUUCUGUUACAUUACAAUAUCCUUAGCAUGCACCUCACAUUGCAAAGGCAGCAUGCCAUUAAUUCAGCAAGGUUCUUGAUACUUAGAUCGUAGCGCAUUGUCUUCUCAGAGCACGACUUUAUUGUGUAUUUCUUGGGCAGCAGAAGCAGCUUUGGGGUUAAUUUUCAUUUCUGUGCCUCCUCAGCUGUUUAUAGCUGCCCACACAAGAAGCCGUUGAUUGCUCUGUGACUCGUGACCACUUUUUUCACAGGCUUUCAUGAAUACUAAAUUCAAGGUGCUAUAACUGACAGCAUCUCCCACUUCCAGCAGCAGGUAUGCAGCACUGCUCUGAGAGGCAAGGUGAAAUCAUGCCACCUCAGAUUACUGACAGUGUCGAUUCUUGAAGUCCACAAGAGUGUUUCAGUUUGCUGAAUGACGGUGGUACCUCACACAACGGAUGGACCACCUGCAAUCCAUGAUAAGCAUUUUUUACAGUCUUCAAGCACCUCCAGAGAUUAUGAUGAUGUGGAAAUUCAGCAGGGCGUUUUGGAGAAGAAGCUGCUACUUGGCAGGCACUGCAUCGGAGCUAAAGGCAUGCAGAGGCAUUUGCUUGUGUCAGACAGCUCAAUGACACCCAGAAAGAAGCUCGAGGGUCUCGUGGCAGCUACAAUCACUCCCAUGACUCCCGAUGGACAAGUCAAUCUUUCAGUGAUUCGCCAAUAUGUGGAUUACCUGGUAAGCGAGCAGAAUGUGAAGAACAUCUUUGUGAAUGGCACCACAGGAGAAGGCCUGUCCCUUAGCAUCCAGGAGAGGAAGCAGUUGGCAGAAGAAUGGGUGCGCCAAGGAAAAGACAAACUAGAUCAUGUGAUCAUUCAUGUGGGAGCACUAAGUCUACCAGAGUCCCAAGACCUGGCAAGACACGCAGCAGCCAUAGGUGCUAGUGGUAUUGCUGUAAUAGCCCCCUUCUUCUUCAAACCCACAAACAAAGAUGAACUGGUUGCUUUCUUACAGAAAGUUGCAUCUGAAGCCUCUGGGGUUCCAUUUUAUUACUAUCACAUUCCUCCUCUGACGGGUGUAAAGAUUCGUGUUGAAGAGUUGCUGGAUGGAAUAAGAGAGCAGAUCCCCACCUUCCAGGGUGUGAAGUUUAGUGACACAGACCUCUUGGACCUUGCACAGUGCAUAAACAAGAAUGAGAGCGAACAGUUUGCAUUUCUCUAUGGGGUGGAUGAGCAACUGUUGGGUGCACUGGCAGUAGGGGCAAACGGAGCAGUUGGAAGCACAUACAACUAUUUGGGUAGAAAAACCAAUCUGAUGUUGCAAGCUUUUGCAAAGCCAGACCAUGCAUUAGCACAAAAGUAUCAGUUUCUCAUUGGGGAAUUUCUCAACUUUGUCAUCAAACUAGGUUUUGGUGUUGCACAGACGAAAGCUGUAAUGACUUUUGUUUCUGGCAUCCCCAUGGGACCUCCCCGGCCUCCGCUUGUUAAUGCCUCUGAGGAGUUCAUUGCCAAGGCCAAAGCCAAGCUGGAUAGCAUCGCAUGGCCUGGUGGUGACUGACUUCACUCCCUUGUCGGUCUGGAAGUAGAGGCUCCUUUUCUGGGAUUCACCAUCACUUGGCACAUUCCCCAGGAGAUGGUUUGGCUGUGAUUUCUUUCAGGGAGUUGGCAGCGUGCCUGAGCCUCAUCUGGCACAGCUGGCACAUGCGUAGCCGCCUUCUUGUGUAACUCUGCUCUGCUGCCCUGGAGCUCUGCACUGCCCAGGAACGGCUGGUGUCUUAAAAAAAAAAAUUAAAAAAUAAAAAA